AUGCCUGCCUUCCGGCAAGCCGGGGAGCGGCAGCUUCCUAACCCCAUCUUGUUUAUGGCAUGGUCACCCAAAAGAGAUCUCAUCGCUCUGGCCAGCACAACUGGAGAGUUGCUGCUCCACCGCUUGUCCAGUUUCCACCGGGUUUGGAGCUUACCACCCAGCGAGCACAUCGGGAAGGAAAUCACCGCUCUCGCCUGGAGACCGGAUGGGAAAAUUCUGGCCUUCAGCCUCGGUGACACCAAACAAGUGGUGUUGUGCGGUGUGGAGAAAGCGGAAAUCUUGCACGUCUUCCAAAUGCAGAACCGCAUCAGCUGCAUGCAUUGGAUGGAGGUGACAGAAGAAAGCAGUGCCCUCAGAUCCUUUUCUCAAUCAGAAGAUGAAUCCAAACUGUUUCUACCCAAAUUAGCUUCACUUCCCAAAAGCUACAGCACAACAUCCAAGCUCUUCAGUGAGGAGAAGUCCGACGAAAUCAUGAAUCUCCUCGGAGAAGUCAGGUUGAACAUCCUCGUCCUGGGAGGAGACGACGGAAACGUGGAACUUUACGCUUACGGGAUGUACAAGAUCGCCACGUUAGCUGGAGUUUCCGGAAGCUGUCGCAACCUCAGCCUAGCUAGUGACCUCAAGUCUUUGGUGGUCAUCACUGAGGCAACCUGCGAUAAGGACUGCGCAGAGAUUUGCUUUGUUCAGCUGGACACCAGUCUGCUGUCCGACUGCUUGCCCGAGCUAACCCGGAUGGCGUGCAAGUUCACGCACAUCUCCACGCUGCUGCAGUACUUGAACCUGUCGCUCACCUGCAUGUGCGAGGCCUGGGAGGAAAUCUUCAUGCAGAUGGACCUGCGCCUCACCAAGUUUGUGCAGGAAAAGAACACUAACACACAAGUGCAGGACGAGUUCUUGGAACUGCUGCUGUGGGGACAGUCCAGUCCUGAACUGCAAGCUCUUUUAAUGAACCAGCUGACUGUCAAGGGCCUGAAGAAGCUCGGCCAGACCGUUGAAUCGUCUUACUCCAGCAUCCAGAAACUGGUGAUCAGCCACCUCCAGAGCGGCUCUGAGGCACUGCUCUACCACCUGAGCGAGGUGAAGGGCAUGUCCCUGUGGAAAAAGAAGUUUGAGCCUCUCGGCCUGGAUUCGGCCGCCAUCGAAGCUGCCAUUACCACUGUGGGUUCCUUUUCCCUAAAGACCAGCGAACUUCUGCAAGUGAUCGACAAAAGCAUGAAGAACUUUAAAGCCUUUUUUCGCUGGCUUUACGUGGCGAUGCUAAGAAUGUGUGAUGAGCACGUUCCUCCAGAACUUAACAAGAUGACGCAGAAGGACAUCGCCUUUGUCGCCGAUUUCCUCUCGGAGCAUUUCAGCGAGAACGAACAGCUGUUUGAUCGAAAAGGGAAAUAUUUCAACGUGGAGCGUGUCGGCCAGUACCUAAAGGAUGAAGACGAGGAUCUCGUAUCGCCACCGAGCACCAAAGGGAACCAGUGGCUCAAGUUUUUAGAGGAGAGCACGGACUUAAAGGAGAGCCCUCUGCUGUUUCCUUCCUUUCCCCAAAAAUCUUUGCACUUUGUCAAGAGGAUGAUGGAGAAUGCAAUCGAGCUUUGUCUACAGAAACCUGCGGAAGUUAUUGGAAAAUCUGUAAAGCAGGCUGUGUUUCUCCCCUUGUACUUGGCACCUCAGCGUGCUGAAAACUCACCACGACUCUUUGAGCUUCCAGCCUUGUGGAACAACAAGAAGACCAAAAUGCACUAUGUGGUGUUCUGCAUGCCGCACGUCUCCCCGCACAAACUUUACUUGUUACGCAAAGAAAGCAACACAAACAGACAUGUCUCCAACUGCGUCACAUCCCUCGACCUGUGCCACCAUCUCAAAGUUUCAGACGGAGAAAGCGCAGAGUCCAGACCAAACUGCGCUUACGCCUGCAUGGACGCUCGUUUUUACAACGACGAGAUGCUAACUGUAGUCCUCAAGGGAGUGGAAGAAGAUAGCGGUCGCAGUGUCCUGGGACAAAUCCCUCUUCAUUCUGCCUUUAACGCAGAGAAUGAAUUCAGCUGGACGCCCAAUAUUAGGUUGGAGGAGCAAAAUGCCAGCAUACCGUGUCAAACCCUGGUGUUGGAAAAUCAGUGGCGGGACUUAGAAGGCAUGAAGGCCCAGUACGUAGCAGUCAACGGGAUUCGAGAAGUAGCUUGCGUGCUAAGCGAAAAUCUGAGACAUCUCCGCGUCUUCGAAAUGGACGUAGAAGACGAGGACGACGACGGCGCCGAGGCACAGAACGACACCGCCGAGCAGGACAUGCUGGACGCCACCGCGACUUCUCAGGGAGACGAAAAUGUCGAGGCCGGAAAUGACCAACAGCGCAAAACUGAAGAGAACCUUGAGUCUGAGGAAUCGUCUGAAUUGUAG